GAGGAAACUUCUCGAGAUGCAGAAGUGUCUUUCCAAUCGUCCGUAUAUCAUCUCGCACAACAUCGCACAACAAAAAUAUACUCAGAAUGUUAAAAAAGAUUGUUGUUUUUGCAAGUUUGAUUUUCCUAAGUUAUGCUUGUUUAAUUACGAAUUGUCCUCGCGGCGGAAAGAGAAGUGAUCUCGCACCUUUGGGAAAUGUUGUACGGGAAUGUCCUUCAUGUGGUCCCAAUCAUCUAGGACAAUGCUUUGGGCCUCAUAUCUGCUGUGGCCCUAAUAUCGGUUGCUUCAUAGGAACAUCAGAAACAUAUCGAUGCAGAAAAGAAAGUUUAUAUAUUAGGCCUUGCAUCGCUGGAUACGCAAUGUGCCGUGGAAAUACAGCGAGAUGCGCUUCAAACGGAAUUUGCUGCUCACAAGAAUCUUGCUACAUCGAUUCAUCCUGCAGAAUUUCGAAUGCUGUUGGCAGUGAUCGAAAACUCGAUGCCGAUUUGAACGUGAUACUCCCAGGCAACGAAGUCUCUAACGAGAUGUUUCAAUAAUAUAAUUAAUUAAUUCCAUAGAUAUCAUUUAUCUAAUCUGACAUUUCAUCUUAUAAUUAUACUGUGUUAACAACACAAUGAAAAAAAUAAAAAUGCAAACCUA